GAAUGAGGCUGUUUGUUGCAGGCACAGGGAGAAACAAAUGGAGCUUUACUCAUUGGAGUCUCUUGGUCGACCUAGCAUUGCUGGGCUCUUUCAAGGGCCCUUUCUGCUCACUGGGGAUAUUACUCUUGUAAUGAACUGCCUAGGGUGUCUACAUCAACACUGCCCUCUACCAAAUAGAAUCGGAACUGCUCGGCUGUGUGCCAUAGACUCUAUACUGCAAGCAGUUGAUGGAGAUUCUCCUUUAGAACGAGUGGGAGGGGCCUGGGCUGUUGGAGCAGUAGGAUCCGAGUUUCAGAUGGUUCCAGCCUGGUGACAACAGUAAAGUUCCUAGCUGACCCUGCAGUUGUUACUCCAGCGCAUCUCUGGACAGAGUAUCGCUAUAGUUGUAGAGCUGUAGAUUGUCUACUCUAUCAAGUAUAGCUUAGGGGGAGGGAUAGCUCAGUGAUUUGAGCAUUGGCCUGCUAAACCCAGGAUUGUGAGUUCAAUCCUUGAGGGAGCCACUUAGGGAACUGGGGUAAAAAUCUGUCUGGGGAUUGGUCCUGCUUUGAGCAGGGGGUUGGACUAGAUACCUCCUGAGGUCCCUUCCAACCCUGAUAUUCUAUGAAAUCAGUGAAAUAAAUAUUAGAAACAACUGAAUUCUGCUGCCUGAUUCCAAGCCCAUAAAUGAAUCACAUUCCAGCAAAUCUGCAAAAAAAAUCCCCAUUGGCUGACAUUCUGAGCACCUCCCCACAAUGUAUAGAUUUACCUGCUCAACAUCGCUGUGGAAGGGGAGUAGCCCCAUUUUUCAGAUGGGGAAACUGAGGCACAGAGACACAAAGUGACUAGCUCAAGGUCACCCAAGGAGCCUGUGGCGGAGCCAGGAACAGAGCCCAGACUCCCUCCCCCCAAUCCAGUGACUUCACGACAAGCCCAUCCCCUCUUCCUUGCCUAUGUCACUUCAUGGGCCAAAUUCAUCCCCUGGUGGACAUCCACUGACCUCAGUGGUGUGACCCCCUCCCAGGGGUGAUUCCAACUCUCUUUUUAUUUUUAAAGUGCUUGGAGAUCACUUGGCUGAAGGAUGCUGUAGAAAUGCAAAAUAUAUUCUAGAUACCUCAGCAGCCUCGGGGGUCAACACCAACAGUUGGUUCUGAAUUUCCUUGUGGCUACUUGCUUACAAACCAUUAUACAAAAAUCCCCCUGCCCCCUUACAAACAAUUCGUCUCGGUCCCUUUCUUUGCUGAUUUCCUUUGCUGGCGAGGGGCCUUCGGCCCAGUGCUGUUGGGUGUUUGGUUGUUCUCUGGCCUCUCUUUGCAGCUCUGGAUGGUGGUAACCCCCCCUCGCUGAUGCCUGAGAAGAUAAGGGUUUGGUUCGAACAUCUGAACCAUUGAACAUUGCGGUGGCUCUUCGCCAGGGCAGCUGGAGCAAUGAGGCAGGCGGGCGGCUUGGAGAAAGCAGUGCCUGCAGCGCUGCUUUUAUUGUGCUGGAGAAAAGAGAGUCCCCGUCCCGGCUCCCGAUGGACGUCCUGCCGCUCCUCAUCCUCCUGGCGUGCACGUGGCGCUCCCCUUCUCUGGCUGCUCCUUUCACCUACCAGCUGGCCCGGCUCAGCUCCCAGCGGAGCAGCUGCAAGGCCAUCCCCAGCAGCAUGACUCUCUGCCACGGGGUCGGGUACAACGAGAUGCGGCUGCCCAACCUGCUGGGCCAUGAGAGCAUGAAGGAAGCUCUGCAGCAAGCCGCCUCCUGGGUGCCGCUGCUCACCAAGCAGUGCCACGGAGACACCAAGAAAUUUCUGUGCUCACUCUUCGCCCCCGUGUGCAUCAGCGACCUGGAGGAUCCCGUCUACCCCUGCAGGUCCCUCUGCGAGGCGGUGAGAGACGGCUGCACCCCUGUCAUGGCUGCCUUUGGCUUCCCCUGGCCAGAGAUGUUCAACUGCAGCAGGUUCCCUCGGGGGAACGAACUGUGCGUCCCGCCGGCCGGCCCGGACGACCGACUCCAGCUCGCGAAGGAAGACGCAGUGUGCGCAGCCUGUAUCAGCCGAGGGCACAGCGAAAAGGAGUUCCUGGAAAACUUCUGCAGCCAAGAUUUUGCCCUGAAAAUGAGCAUCAAAGCGCUGUCCAGCGCGGACGGAGACUUGAAAGUGACCCCGGAGCUCAAGAGCCGGACCCUCUACAAGCAGGGAGGCUGGUCGGAAGAAGAGCUGAAGAAGCCAGUCCUGUGGCUGACACACGGCGAGAGCUGCGCCUGCGAAGAACUCCGCGGGCAGGGCACCGUGGUCUUGGCCAUGGGCCACAAGGCAGCCGGCCGCUUGGUCAUCUCCUGGGUGAGGAGGUGGCAGCGAGGGGAGCGGGAGCUGAAGAAAUUCACCCGGGCUGUGCGGAAGAUCCAGUGCUAAAGGGGAGGGACGCGGCUUUGCGCUGAGGUCGUCUCCCUCCCGCACGUGCUGUGAAUUCUUCCCACUCCAGCCGGAAAACGUAUUAGAUUUAGCCAGGCUCUUACCGUGAAAACAGCCCCCCCUUCCCCCAGUUACGGCGUUCAGAGGGAAUCCACAAACUCAGCCAGGAAGCAGCUGACUCAAGCGUCCUCCGGAGGGUGUGUGCAGACCAAGGAGACCAGAGGCACAGACAAGCCAGCCCCCCUACCUCAGGCCCAUGCGGUUAGCUGUAGGGCAGGGGUGGCCAACCUGAGCCUGAGAAGGAGCCAGAAUUUACCAAUGUACAUUGCCAAAGAGCCACAGUAAUACAUCAGCAGCCCCCCAUCAGCUGCCCCCACCACUCC